GGCGGCGGCGGGCUGGGCAUGCAUGUCACGUCCACCCUGUUUGCUUCUUGGGGAGGGGGACGAGGGCUGGGAGCUUGGCGGCGUGAUAAUGACUCUGGCGUCUGGCAGGAGAAAAGCCCCCGACUGCCCCCGGCUGUCUGCGAGGCAGCUUCAAGGAGAAUGAGGCAAGAUGGCUGCUCGGUAGCAGUGGAGGCUCGCCGGGGCUGAGGAGGGCUGGGGCAGGCUCGGGAGAGAGAGGCGAAGACGGGGGCUGCUGGCUGGCAGCGCGGAAGGCCUGAAGAGGACGCGCACUCGGCAAGACCGGUUUGGACAGCAGUUCGGUUGAUGGACCCAAAACAGGCCAAAUGGAAGAAGGGCUACUUAGCCAUGCUGAAAAAGGAAGGUUAAGAGGGGUCCUUCCAGCUGGCCUGGCAAAUGGCAGAGAGAAGGCAAUUGCUGAUGGAGGGGCCAUGCUAAUGGAUACCAACAUGUGGCUUGGCAGCCCUCGUACUGAGCAGAAGGUCACCUGGGAGAGCUUACCCACUGCCCUGGGCCAGGGAGACUCUUCCAGCAAUGCCAAUUUGGAGGAUGCUCAAAAUUUAGUGGCUUUCUCGGCAGCAGCGGAGGCUGCCAUGUCUUCUCAUGGGUUGGAACCUCUCACAUCCCCUUCCAUGGUAAGCAUGCAGCUGUAUGAAAAAUUUAAUGCCGAGAUGAAUCGUGGUGAGAUGGAGGAGGGUGUGGCAGUGCCUCCUCGCAACAGCUUCCCUAGCAUUGAGGAUCUGAAUGCCCUCAAAGCUGCACUUACUUUGGCCAAGCAAGGCAUGAAACCGCCCAACUGCAACUGUGAUGGCCCCGAGUGCCCAGACUACUUGGAAUGGCUGGAGAAGAAGAUCCAAUCGGCCACUGGAGAAGAGGAGAGCUGCACUGCCCAGCCCCUCAGCCAAGUUCAUCAGCCUUCCUCAGAUAGUGGUGCUAAUGCCAAGCAGGGGCUGGCUAUAGGCGAGCAGGUGACUCUAUGCCCCCUGGAAGCCCUCCCCCUUUCCCAAAGUGCACUGAACAUUGCAAAGGAGAAGAACAUUAGUCUCCAGACAGCCAUUGCAAUUGAAGCCCUCACACAGCUCUCCACUGUUCUUCCGGAGCCGGCCACACAGGCUCUGCCCCCUCCUGGGAGCCCCAUGCAAACCAUGGCUUUUGGCUCCAAGGAGCAGCCUCCCCUCCUCUCAGCGCACAACCCCAGCAUGGUGCUACCUGUGUCUAGUGCUGGGUUGUGCCAGAGCCACACCUCCAAGUCUGAUGUGAGCCACCACUUGCUCCCAACUCCAGUGGCAUCUGCAUCAUCCUCUUGGCUGCAGGGAGUGAAAUGUGCUCAGGAUGAAGCCCCCUACUGCCUUGACCACAGCAAUGGCCACCUAGAAUCUGCUGGCCUGUUUCCCACCUGCAACUCUACCCCCCAGAAAGCAGAUUUCCCUGAACAAAGGAGGGAAGAAACAAAGCCAAAAGCUAGAUUGUGGGAUCUGCAUGCCAUCACUUCCCCAUCCUCCUUGGUCAGUGAUACGAUGGCUGAGCUGGAGCAGCUGCUGGGCAGUUCCAACGGCUGCAUCAGAUCUGUGUUCAAGCAGCCGGAGGUGAUCCUGGGCAAAGCAAGAGUGGUUAAACCAAAGCAGGAGCACCUCAUCCACAAGGAGGAAAAUGGCCACGCUGGCUGCCACAAAUCCCCCUCUUCCAGCCCACAGCUGUCCCAGCUCCUGCAGGAGACCAGUUUCCACAAGAAGACUCAGAAGGCCCUGCAGCACCACCUUCAUCACAAGCGCAGCCUCUUCCUUGAUCAGAAUGUACCUCAUGGAGGGACGCAGGAACCGCUGCCCAGCUGGUGGGCUCCCAGCACCCAGCUGCCUCCAAAGCGGCUGGAGAAGCCAGUCAAGGAGAGGAAGAAGAAGUCUGAGAAAAGCGGCCCCAUUAGAUCAUUCCGCAAGCAAAUCCAGAUCAAGAAGUCUAAGCAGAAGGAUUCUCAGCCCCUCUUCUUGCCCGUGAGGCAGAUCAGCCUGGAAGGGUGCCGCGCAGCUGCCGCUCUGGAAUGCCCAAGCAAAGAGGUUCAACCUGAACAGCUCCUCUCCUGCACUCCUACCAAGCUUUUGCCUCCUACUUCACUGGCUGCCAGCCUUGUGGAGCACUCUCCAUUGCAGAAGCUACUUGAAAAUCGAAGCCCAGCUUCCAACACUCAGGAAACCUGCCAUCCUGGCCAGGAGGAGACCCAUUGCUACUUCCCAGAGAAUUCUGCCUGUGAAGUUGUGCCCCUAAGCAGCAACCCUGUGCUGGGCUUUGCUCCAUGCUCCUCUGCUGUGGCUUGCAGUGAUGGGCAUGAGGAAGCCUUCCACAGGACCACCAACUCAACAGCCCAUCCAUUCUUCACCCAGAAUCCCACCACAGUGGAUGACAAGCUGGAGGAGUUCAUCAAAGAAUUUGAGACUGAGUUUGGUGAAAACUUCACCUUUCAGAAUCCAGAACUUCCAGCCCCACUGCUCCUCAAUGAGGGAUCUCUCCCAACCCAGCCCCCUUCACCCCUGCUCCCCCUCUCUUCUCUGAGCCAAUCUCCAGAGCCGCCAGAUGGUUUGGAUGUCGCUCUCCAGCCUUCAGCCCAGGACUGUGCACAGCCUUCGACAGGCACUCCCGAUGCGGGUCUCAAAACCUCCCUCUUACCAGGGGCCAGCCAGCCUUUAGUGGAAAACCCUUUUGCAACUCGGUCCCCCAAACACAUAAAAAUAGAAUCAUCUGGUGCUAUUACAGUGGUCUCCACCACGUGCUUUUACUCUGAUGAAAACCAAAAUCCAGACACGGCUACCCUGGAAGGAACUCCAGCCAAGGAUAAAGAGCCGUUUAUGCCAACUCUCAGUGGAUUUUUGGAAUCUCCCAUGAAAUACUUGGACACCCCGACCAAAAGUUUGCUGGACACACCUGCCAAGCGAGCUCAAGCUGAGUUUCCAACUUGUGACUGUGUGGAACAAAUAGUUGAAAAAGACGAGGGGCCAUAUUACACUCACCUGGGGUCUGGGCCAACCGUGGCAUCCAUCAGGGAACUUAUGGAGGAACGGUAUGGCGAGAAGGGGAAAGCCAUCCGAAUUGAAAAGGUGAUCUAUACCGGGAAGGAAGGAAAGAGUUCUCGCGGCUGCCCCAUCGCAAAAUGGGUCAUCAGGAGGCACAACGUGGAGGAGAAGCUGCUGUGCCUGGUGAGACACCGUGCUGGCCACCACUGCCAGAAUGCUGUCAUCAUCAUCUUGAUCUUGGCUUGGGAGGGGAUCCCUCGGUCCCUGGGGGACACCCUCUACCAGGAGCUCUCUGACACACUCACAAAAUUUGGAAACCCUACCACCCGGCGAUGUGGGCUGAACGAUGACCGAACCUGUGCAUGUCAAGGCAAGGAUCCCAACACCUGUGGUGCUUCCUUCUCCUUUGGCUGCUCUUGGAGCAUGUAUUUCAAUGGGUGCAAAUAUGCACGGAGCAAAACACCCAGGAAAUUCAGACUUCAGGGAGACAAUCCCAAGGAGGAAGAAGUGCUCAGAAGAAGCUUCCAGGACUUAGCUACGGAGGUUGCACCACUUUAUAAGAGGCUGGCACCCCAGGCCUAUCAAAAUCAGGUUGCAAACGAGGAUGUAGCAAUAGACUGCCGGCUUGGGUUGAAAGAGGGGCGGCCUUUUUCUGGAGUGACAGCAUGCAUGGAUUUCUGUGCUCAUGCACACAAGGACCAGCACAACCUUUACAACGGGUGCACGGUGGUGUGCACCUUGACAAAAGAAGACAAUCGUACCCCUGGGAAAAUCCCUGAGGAUGAGCAACUGCAUGUUCUUCCUUUGUACAAAAUGUCCACCACUGACGAGUUUGGCAGUGCGGAGAAUCAAGCUGCAAAGGUGAGCAGUGGGGCCAUCCAGGUGCUCACCUCCUUCCCCAGAGAGGUGAGAAAGCUUCCUGAACCAGCCAAGUCUUGCAGGCAGAGGCAGCUGGAGGCCCGGAAAGCAGCUGCUGAAAAAAAGAAAAUGCAGAAAGAGAAACUGAUUACACCUGAAAAAAUCAAGCAGGACAUCCUGGAUCUCCCAGCACUCCAACAGAACCCAGAUACAGAUUUGAAAAGCGGACUCUCCCAGCCAUCGAUCAAACCUUCCAUCAAGGUGGAACCUCAGAGUCAUUAUAAUACACUGAAGUACAAUGGGAAUGCAGUGGUGGAAAGCUAUUCGGUGCUUGGGAAUUGCAGACCUUCUGACCCAUACAGCAUGAACAGUGUUUACUCUUACCAUUCAUACUAUGCACAGCCUAAUCUGCCUUCCAUGAAUGGGUUGCAUUCGAAGUUCUCUCUUCCAUCUUUCGGGUAUUAUGGAUUUUCCAGCAACCAUAUGUUCCACUCCCAGUUUUUGAAUUACAGUGAUAACAAGAAUGCACCCUGGGUAAGCAGCAGCUAUGAGAAGAAGCCUGACAUCCAAAUCUUGCAAGAUAACCUGAGCCAUGCUUACAGGAAUGCUGAACUCCUGGAUGAGAUACCACCCACCAUACGGAGCAAAAAUCACCACCAGCGCACCUACGAGAAAGCCAGCAGACAUGCAGGUAAGACCCCAGCCGGGUCCCAGAGAUGUCACUCAGUCCCUGCAGAAGCCUUGUCAUUUGCACAAAACACAAACUGUUUCAGCAACCGAACAAUCAAGCAAGAACCUGUUGACUCCUUGACACACACGGAGUCCCUUUCUAGAUCACCUGCUCUCAAUGGCCUAAAUCCAGAUCUGAGCCCAUCUGAUUUGUCCAGGUUAUCAGAGAAUGGUGGUCCAGAGCAACAAUGGAGCCCUUAUAAAGUCAAUAGAAAUAAGUCCCAACCUGAGAGAACUAGUAAUGCUGAAAGCCCAUGGAACAUGUUUACACCAAAUGACAGCAUCAGCAUGCUGAAUGCAAGCACCCAGAAUAAGUCAAAUUUGUUUGGUUCCCACUCAAACGCUAGCAGGUUAUCACAGUCCCACCUUUUGGAGAAGCAGUGGAAUUUGUUUCCUGGGGAGAGGCAGAACCUGUCACCUAUCCCUGAUGUGCUGGGGAAAUCAUGGAGCCCUUGCAAAGUCAAUGAAAGCCCAUCAUUGUUUUCUGCCAAUUCAGACCUUCAGGAGAAACCCUGGGGUCUUGGGCAAUUGAACUUCAGUUCCAUCAAAGGAAGCUCCAGGCUUCAAGAUGACCUCUGGCAUUCUGGUAAAGCGGAUGACAGGAGGACUCCGACACCAAACACAGGUUUACAGAGCAGAUCAUGGACCUCCUUUGCCUCAUUUCCCUCUACAGCCUCAAGUGUUUGUGGGGAGAAGCCGCCAUUUGCUUCCUUGAAAGAAGAAGGAAGUGCAUCAUUGCUGGGUCCUGAAAGACCAUGGGAUUCCUUUAGUUUAGAUGACAGCAUGGAAGAGACACCUGAGAAGAACAUCAAGGAGGAAGAGGAGGAUGAAGAAGAGGAAGAAGUAUGGUCAGACAGUGAACACAACUUUUUGGAUGAAAACAUUGGUGGGGUGGCAGUAGCUCCAGCCCAUGGCUCCAUCCUCAUUGAGUGUGCAAGGCGAGAGCUGCACGCCACCACCCCACUGAAGAAACCGAACCGAUGUCACCCCACACGCAUCUCUCUGGUAUUCUACCAGCACAAGAACUUGAACCAGCCCAAUCAUGGACUUGCCCUUUGGGAAGCAAAGAUGAAACAGCUGGCAGAAAGAGCAAGGGCAAGGCAAGAGGAGGCAGCCAGGCUUGGGCUUCAGCAAGAUGUCAAAAACCUUGGCAAGAAGCGGAAGUGGGGAAGCAGCUUGGCCACUGAGCCCCAACAUAAGGAGAAGGAGGACUUGGUCCCAAAGAGGCAGGCCUUGGCCAUUCCCACCAACUCGGCUGUCACUGUGUCCUCUUAUGCGUAUACCAAGGUAACAGGACCAUACAGCCGCUGGAUAUGAGAAGAUGACAGCUCUCCGGUGGCCACUUUACCUCAAUGCUGGCAGCACUGGAAUGCAGUGCUGGUCUGUGGUGCUUUUUCCUUUGGAGAGAAACAGAAUACCAAGCCAAGUGUGAAGUUUCUGUACCUUCACUUGGGAGUCGAGCUAAAGAAAUGUAUUGCUGUCAACCUUUUUCAGUAAUCUAGUAUUUAUAUCUUUGCAUUUUUUAAUCUGUACAUCACAGUAACAGCAAAAGAAAUUUAUAGUGUCCUUUCGCGAAGGACAGCUUUUUAAUUCCAUGUCCAAUACUUAUGUAUAUUGGAUUUUUAACUGCAAUUAUUACAACUCUGAAGCAGAUUAUGUGAUUAAAAACAAAAAAGACAACUCCACCCCACACCAAGCUGGGUACAAAUUUGCACCUUCCAUCAUGUUGGGGCUGGUAAAUAUCUUCCCUUGGAGACCACCAGAAACAUGAACUUCCAAUCCAGUCAAAGGGCCCACUGGUUGGAGCAUGGUGGUUUCUUACUGAUUCAGUAGGCCUCAGUGGCUGAGGAGGUGACAUGGCACUUCAGAUAAGCAACUAUUUCCUGCCCAGCAGUUCGGACAGUGUUUAAGAUGCCAUCUAGGGUUUAUCUUUUUAAUCCUAAGGAGUCUCAAAACAGAAGGACUGACUCUGACGUUGCCUUCUCUGGUUCAGAUCUCGGCAAGAUGAGCUGGACCCUCAUCUCAGAUUCUACCAGAUCCUGUAUAGUAGCAGAAAUAGUGAAGUCUAAGCAGAAAAAAGAAAGGAAAACAGGAUUAUGGGAUCUACCAGCAGACAUACUUUACUUUUGUAAAUUUUAAGGCAAGUUUUAUCUCUAACUUCAGGUAAAAGAAAAGGAUAGUGGUUUACAAUGUAGGCAGUAGUUUUAGCACUCCACCUUAAACAACUUAUUCAGUGAAUCCAGUUUAAUUUGGAGGGAGAAAAAGUUUUAAAAAUGAAGUUCUCAAAGAAAAGGGGGAAAAGGAGGUGGAAGUGGAAGGCAAGAAAAAUCCAAGGAAAGACAACUUAGGUAGAACAGCCUUUGGCAUCUUGAUUUCUUUCUCUUCAUUCUGCAAGAUGAAUGCAGUUACAGACUAAGAACACGGGUUUCUUUUUCCUUUUGUUAGCAGUGCUAUUUAUGGGCCUUUUAAGUUUGCAGUACUGUACUAUAUAACCAAUCAUGCUAAUUUCCUUGGGUAGGAAACAAGCUAGGCCAACUGUGUAGAAUAAUAGUGACAACAAGCAACGCUAAAAAUACAAGUGGCAGCUUAAGCUACUGUAUCUUUAAGAAACCACCCCACUAUGCCUUUUGUGUGCAAGUAGACAGCCUCUUUUUUUAAUCAUCUCUGGUGCAGAGUCCGAUUGAAAGGAGGACUUUUUUUAUUGUAUUUUCCAUUGGUGCAGGCUUACCAAAUUGAAAUAUUUUCUCCUUGCAAAUAGUCAUUCUAAAAAUAUAAAAAUGAAAGCAACUUAUUGCAAGUUUUAUUUUACUUUGCCACCUUUGAGAGGAAAAGAGAAAUAAAUUUAUGUGGCAACUAAUUCAGUACAGUACAACUGGUGCUUUGAAAAUGUUGAAUCCCAGUGUUUAAAAGUAAUCUACCCUUCCUAGUCAGUCUUUCUUCAUAAGAUGCCUGAUCAUGUAAGUGGCUACAGAUCUCUGGAACUAGACAUUCCCUGGGCUAAACUGAUGGUGGGGGAGCAUCCUUCCUAAAUUAGGAUGGAAUUCACCUUAGUCUGGUUUCAUCAUUUUGGUUAAACCACAGCAAAAAUAGCUUGGGGCAUUUCAUUUGUUUUGUAUCAGUUAUUGAAUAGACCUGAAUGAUAGAAGUGUAAAGGUUUAAAUUGCCUGUCAUGAGUAAGUGGAUCUUUGCAUUUGUAUGGUUUUUCUUCAAAUUUUUUGAAUAUCACCCUUUACUGGGAAAGUUCUGAGCUAUAAAGGACGAAGUGCUGUCUGGAUUUUAAAUGCUCCCACUGAAUCUGUGGGGAAAAUCCCCAUUGACUUCCAUGGAAGUUGGAGAUGGGAGCUCUCAGUCUGGAGGUGGCACCUUUGGAACAUUUCCACACCCUCUCAUGGGUGCCAUCUUCAGAUUGGGUGGUGGCAACUCUUAUGAGAAAUGUAAGAAUCCUUUGCCACCUUUUACUACGGGUCUUUCUGUAGAAAAAUGGAGAUCUAACUCCUUCACCAGAGUAGAUCCCCACUGGCUUUAAUAAGCCAAUGUGAGUGGUUUCUCAGUGGUGCAGAAGGCAGAAGAAUCAAACCUGUUAAAGAUCUGAACUGAUUACAGAUUACCAGUCACCUUCUGCACUUAACAGGUGCCUUUUGAGAAAAGAUGGCUUGCAGAUCCAACUGUGUACAUAGCGUUUGUUUACGAGGAAACUUCUCAGUCCCCGCGCCUGACAACAGGAGCACGGGAUCACUGUAGAGCAUCCUGAGUGUUUUAUGUGGUUCUGAUUUUAAACUGUAAAUAGCAAAAGAUUUUUUUAAAAAAAGCACUUUCACCAAGAUUUAAAAGAAAGAGAUACCCAAUAACUUGAAGAGCAGUAUGUUUUAAAAUAGAUUAUUGCGGGAGAAAUGUAAAUAGAAACAAAAUAUUUAACAAGUUUUUCCGUCCUUAAUUUUUUUUUGUUCGUUUACUGUAUUCUGUAAAGUUGCUUAUAUUUUGCAAGGAGAAUCAAUGAAUUAUAACUGAUUUUGUAUGCAUACCCAUGAGCAUAUCACAGCUGUUAAGAAUUAUUCCAAGUCAGAUUUAUAGGAAAACUGAGUGUCAUAGGAUUCUGUUGACACCAGCCGCUAAUCUCCAUUGGUGUCAGUCAGCCAAGUUUCAGGGCAUAUACACUGACAGUUCAAUACCCAAAGCAAAAUGUUGGUUAAUCAUUCUUCCUAAAUUGUAUCACUUCAGAGUGCAGGUGCAGGAACUACAUUUUAAGAGCCACUUCUCUUUGAAUGGUUUGCGGAGGGGGCAAUAUUGAGAAGAGGUUGUUUUCAAGCAGGGGAGCGGACUGCCCACUUGCAGUCUGAAAUGGUUACGUCUAGGAGAUCCCUCUUAAACAAUCAGGCCCCUCCUCAGUCACGAGAUACGAUUACUCUGCCUUGCUAGGCUAAUUUCAUGCCUGCCUGUUAUUGACAGUUGUGAGAUGGAUCUCUUAGCCAGAAAGAACGAUCUCUUCCGCCAAAUAUUUUUGUAUGGUUCUUUUAAGCUUCUGUGAUUUCCUUGGUUAGUGUCUCAUUUGAUAAAUGUUGCUGGGGUGACUUGAAAGCUUCAUUUAGAUUAUUUUAGAGGGCAAGAACUUGUAAAAGAAUAUGGAAAAGGAGGGGCUCCAGUACAUCUGACCUACUGAAAUCCCAUUAGUGAUUCAACUUUUGUCUAUGGAACUGCCCAGCCCUGAGAUUAUAAUUUUCUGAGCUGGAAAUGUUGCCUGUAGGAUCUUUCACAAAAGGAAGGUUCCAUGUUCUGGGUCUUUAAGAACCAGGAACUACCCGGGGGUCAAGAGGUGUUGACCUAGUAGUUCCCUAUUUGGUCCAGAUCAGUUUACACAAGAGAAAAGGAGAAAUGCUAAUGCAAAGGUUGGCUCCUCGAUUAGUUUCAUUUUCACUAAUAAUGCAAAAGGACCAAAUUAUGCUCUUCCUUCAGACUGGUGCAAAUCCAAAGCAAGUUAAACUGGAAUCACUAGUUUUUACUGAAAUAGCCUAUCUUGAGUUCUCAUUCAUUUCAACUAGACUGGCUGCUCUAAUAAUAUAUUUUUUAAAAAUCUGGUUCUCCAUUAGACAGUGUCAGGCCUGACUGACUGUGGUAUAAAUAUGAAGAAAUCUGGUCCUAUGUCAGUAUUAAGUCUACAGAAUGUGAAUGCCAUCAAAAUUUGGCAUAUUCAUUAUUUACUGCAGUUCAAAACCACAGAAUAAACAUAUACAAAAUACAAGUACAAAAGAUCUCAGAAAACAGAGUUACCAUGGAUUUCACAGUUGACACUUUUUUGCAUGCCUGAUGUAACAUAAAGGUGUUUUAAGUGAAAACAAGACUGAUCGCAGAUAAAUUUAUGUUUCUGAUAUGAGUCAGCUGCAGUCUGAGGUUGCUUUCAUGCUACAUAUAUAACCUACCUCGUAUCUCAGUUGUGAAAAAGAAAUAGUUUGCUUCAGGAUUACAUGCGAAAGAUAGAUCUAUGCACGGGGUUCUCUCCUUUAGCUUUGUGGAUGGAAGUUAGAAAUUCUUUUCAUUGGCACUGUCAAUUUCCUGCUGGUUUGUACAAUUCAGAAAAUUGUAUGACACAGAACUAUUUGUAUUUAGAAGUGUAGGGGUAAACGGUGGCCUAAGGGCUCCAAGAUAUCCCAGCUUUGUUAAAGCCAGUGCGGUGCUGCUGUGUGCUUCAGAAAAAUUAUACUACCCAGGCCUGAGAUCUUAAAGUAGUUUUUUGGGGUGUCUAACUCAACUCACAAUAAGAUCAGUAGGUCUAAUGAUGCUGUUAAUUUCUUACAGUAAGCUUGGUGAGCACUGCCGGUUUGCGCUUGGACUGGAUAUCCUAAGAUGUAGGGAGUCCAGGUGCUAGGCACCCUAGUCGUUGCAUUGCCUUCUCUAAAAGCGUGAACAAAUGCUCCAAGCGUUGUCUUUUGAAUUGAUGUGUCAAAGGUAGAUCAACAUUCAUAGAACAACAGCAAAAUAAAUAAAUAAAAUCUGGGAAUGCUUUGGGGGAGGGGUAAUGAUGAAAAGCUACCUAGUGCCGCCAAGCUUAAUGCCUGGUGCUAUGAAGACAAAAAAAUCCACAAUUCCUGGACAAAUUCUUGACAAAAGUGUUGAGUUGUGCUGCCCUUGAAGACUUGGCUAGUUCCCAUUGACUUCUCUGGGAGGAUAUUGAAGUCGUUUGGCUAUAGGACAUAGUCUCUGCCUUGGGCACUUUUUAUCUCUUGUCGAAUCAGGAGUUGUUCAAGCAGAUUACAUGAAUGGUGGUUUAGGCACAAAGUGUGGAAGGGUCAAGCGGCAGAUGGGCCCUUGACGUAAUCAUAAUGACAUAUUUAACCAGUUUCUCAGCUUGACAAAAAGUAGCUGUUUGCCUGCAAAUUUGUUAUAAACUUUUUAUAAGUGUGUGUCUCUUUGGUGCUGCUCUGCUGUGAUGAGGGAGCUUCAAAAUGACAUCACAGUAUAUGUCUUUCUUGCCCAACAUGCCUCCCCCCAAUGUGCAGGGAUGCCAUUACCCCCCAUCUGAGUGGGGAAGGCUGGGAAGGCUCGCACCUGCCCAGGUUGGGAGAGCCCCACUCAACGAAAGGCCGAAGAGGAAGGAACAAAAAUAUUUUGAGAUCAUACAGCUGGUGGUGCACAGUGCCAGAAUGUGCUUUGUAGGUUUAGUUGAAGGCACAUUUUUAAUCAACUAAAAUCUUGUAAUGAAAUGGUGCUACCUUGAUGAGUUCUUAAAAAAACAAAUAGCUUUUUAGGGUGGGGAACAGAUUCCAUCUUGCUUAGGUGCUAUUAUCUAACCAGAGAACUCUACAAUUAACUAAAAAUAGAAAGGUUGAACAUUUUAAGUAUUUGUAGUUUCUAAAACUUCUGUUCUGGGUCUAAGAUAUACAACCGCAUAAUCUGAUUUCAUUUACAUGUAUGUAGAUCCAGGACAGAUUUCUCUGGUUUAAGUGACAGCUAUCCACUCCUAGGGCUAGAUCUAAGUAUCUGAUGUUUGAGAUUUGUAUUUUUACAAAAUUACCAUCUCUGGAAAGGGCUUUUGGGAUCAAGCCACAAAUUGUUUGAUAUGAAUGGGUAAAUGAAAACCCAUUUCUUUAAAAUAAGGAAAAUAAGGUACUGCGAACUGUACUCACAGUUAACACUUGUGCCAAUUUAGCAAGUGUACAUGGUGCAACAAUCCAUAAUCCUGUAUAUUGGUAAUUAUUAUGCAAAACUAUGGGUGCUUAAUUGAAGUUUCGAGGUCACUCCAAGACAGAGCAGCUAUUUGUAAAAGCCGUGCAGUUGUCAUCUUACCUGGCUCACUCACUCGCUUUCGCUGUUAACAGCAGACACGUUAGAGCUGUCUCCCCCGCCCUGCUUGCCUUACCUGGGGAAAGUCCUCUGCAGACCAUGUUUGCAUCCCAUUGUGAGCAUAUUCAUUUGGGGUCAAUACCAGUCGAGGGUCCAGCCUGUUAUCAGGCUGGGUUUGGGCAGGCGGUGCAAAUGUGCGUCUCUGAUCAUGUAAGGUUGGCUAACCUGUGGUCUAAUUAGUCAGCUUCAGCCUAUUAUGGCUUUUUUCCUUCGUGUAUUACUAUUCGUCAGUAGAUGUGUCUAAAGCUUUUACAAAAUACUGUUUUGGUGCUAUUUAUUUUCCGUUUCUUCAGUCCUUCUUUUUCACCUUGGUUCACAGGACUUGUUUAGUGUGUAUAGAAGCCAGGGUUUUGUCAUAUAAGCUUGCUGUUAUCACAAUACAUUCAAAAUACCUCAAAAAACAGAGUAUUGUGGCAACCUGUGAUUCAGUUAUCGAUAACGGCAUGGCUGCAAAUAUUAGAAAUAAGGUUACGUAUUUUAUUACUUCAACACUGUACUUGACAUCUUAGUAACUGUACAGCCUUUGCAUUCUAUUCUUGGGCAUUGACAUAUCUUGAGGAAUAAAUAUUCUAGAACCAUUUAGAAGACGGUGCUGUGCAUUCUUUACAAUAUGCAGUGCCUUCCCGAAGUACCUUACAGCAGAAUGUGACCCACAUGAGAAAAUGGUCUUAGAGGUAACAUUUUAAGAAAAAUUUGAUCAGUAAUAAAAUAGUUGUUUUGAUUAAAAAAUGGUAUUCUGCCACAAUGGAUAGAUUUGAGCAUGUUCUUUUAUUCUUUUUGCUGCAAAUCUUGCAAAAGUUUCUAGGGGAGGUUCAGCAGGUCCUAGCUUUAUUAUCAAACAUCAACAAAAAGGACACUCCUUUUCAAAGCUACCAUCUGGUGCUACUUAAUAAAAUGAAAGCAAGAUCAAUGCUGGAUGAUCAUGACCAGAUUUAACCUACUGAUGUGCAGAUGUUAAUGAUAUAGCCAACUGGAUUAAACCUUCAGUAAAAGAUACCUUUAAGUGACACCGCUGCACACUUUUAAUAUCUGGGAAAUUGUUUUCCAGAUGGCAGAAUUUAGCUGUUACGAUGAACAGCAAAAUAGUCUUGUGGCUGUCCCUUUGUAAAGGCAACGAUCUUGCGUAAUGCAUUAAGUUUUUGCAUGCAGAAAGAUUGUUAUCACAUGGUCAAAACAGGUGGUGGUUUUUUAAAAAAAAAUUAUUCUCUGUCUUCUUGCCCAAGUAUAGUAAGGCAAACUGGCUAAUUUUUUUUCUUCUGUUCCAAUAUCAGGGAUUUAUUAUUAUUUUUUACAAAUGAUUUUUGGUUGUUAUGCUUUUUCUCAUUUUAGCACCUGUUAUUUGGGAUUUACUCACUGCUGUUCAGUCUAUGGAAAUGUGUAUUUAGCUGGCUUUUGUCAUUUAUUUUUCAUUCAUAUUUGUCUUUUAAACAACUUAUAGAUAUAUGGCAGUCUUUUAAAUGCUUUUUUUUAAUUUAAAGAAAUGAGGAAAAGACCAGUUUGGAUUUGGCAGACUAAUUAAGUUUAGUUAACAGAAGGCUGUAACUACUCAAGGUAUUUGAUUUCUUGUCUCCUUGAAUUCACAUUUGGUAAAGACCACACUUGAAGAUUUCUUUGUUGAUCUGUGACUGUGGCUACUUGAAAUGAAGUUUUAUCCGGGGUUGGUUGACAAAUGGUAGAUUUACAAUGUUUCAAGGCAAUAGGACUUGUGUAUUAAACUGUAGAUAACCUUAGUACAGUAAAUCUAUGCUGAUAAUUUUAUUUUAUAUAAUUUCCAUGUAUUUUUUCUUUUAUACUUUUUCCCCGUCAGUGUCUUGGCAAAUUUAUUUCUAGGAUGCUAAAAAUGGCAAGUAUGGAUCUUUUUUUUUUUUUAAUUUGUAUUUUAUUAUAUUACACAACCAACUGGUUUGUGAAAUGUAUUAUUCCGGAUAUCUUUAAACUAUUGUGGGUGUUUUAAUAAAUUUUAUAUUUAUUUUUUGCA